AUAUCCCCGUCAAAGGCCCUAUCGACAAGAAUGACCUCGUGGAUUCCAUCAUUGCUGCAAAGUCUAUCCCACUAUAUCCUUGUAUCGCUGACUUCUUCCAGACACCAUCAGACACCCGUCCUCCGCCCCCAACUCAGCAACAAACAUCCACGUCACCACCCGAUUUCCCCCGUCCUGACGUUGAACCUCAGCCAGCAUCAUACACAACGUAUUCCCCCGAGCCCCCUAGACGGCGCUAGACCACACCUGCGCGGCCCCCGUCUCGUCCACCCACGCCUCAACCCCCGCCACCACUAUCUGCCUUACUGGCAAUGUCCCCAUCAUCCCUCUCGCGUUUACCUAUCCACAUGCUGAAACAGAUACUGUUCGAGGCACGCGUACGCCUUCCCACUGAUAUCCUUGAGAAAGGAGAACUCGUGGCGCGCGUCAGUACUUGACUGGAUGAGGAGAGAGC